ACUGAGAUCAGCUUUCAUUCAACUCACAUGGUGGCUACUGCGAAGAGAAAAGCUGUGAAUAACACGCUACAGAAACCUGGCAAAAAGGUUGCGAAGCUCGAAUCCAAGUCUAAGGUUGAAACUUUCGAAGAUUCGAGCGACAAUGCUGACGACUUUAUCGACGACGACGCUGAAGAUUUGAUGUCUGCUGCUGCGUCUGGAAAGUACGAUGACAUGGUUGACGAUGAAGAAGACGAUGACAGUGAUGAUGACGAUGACGAGGAGGAAGAAGAGGAGGAAGAAGAAGAGGAAGAGGACAAUGGUAUCAACGGAAAAGCUUCUGGAAAGAAGUCCAAAAAGAAUCAAUAUGUAUCCGAGCUUUAUCAGCCUCCCACAAAUCAAGAGAUGCAAGGAUUGAAAGAAACUUCUGAUCUGUUCAAAUCCAACAUCUUCAAGAUGGAGAUUGAUGAGUUGCUGAAGGAGGUUGACAUUGAUUACAAGAAAAUGAAUGCGCUCGAAUUAGUCUUGCAUCGAAUGAAGGCUUUGUUCGACCAGAGCCAGGAUAUCAAUGAUGCCACAGUUCUACAGGUGGAAAAAAUCAUGAAGGAAAAGCAUAAUAUUACUAUUCCCUUCCCUCAACCUGGACCACCAUCUGAUGCUCAAUAUAAAUUUGCAUACAAGAAGCCUGCCGGUAUGCAUUUGGUUGGUAGUUAUGCCCUCAAAUCCAUUUCACGUGCACGAAAGCCCUUCAAUGUUGAUGUUGCUGUCGAAAUGCCCUCUUCCCUCUUCCAAGAAAAGGAUCACAUGAACUACAGAUACUUUUACAAGCGAGCUUACUAUCUGUCUGUAUUGGCCAGCCUCAUCAACGACAAGAAGAAGGGACUGAAGGUCAAAACUGAAUUUUCACUUUUCAAUGGCGACAUCAGAAGACCAAUUCUGGUUUUGCGGGCCAGUGGAGAUAAAUCCGACGUGGACUUCACGAAAUCAAAGUGCGUCAUUCGAGUCAUUCCUUGCGUUGCAUCCAACGUGUUUCCUGUUAUUCGUCUUGGGCCUGGUCGCAACAAUGUUCGUCCCAAGAAUGACACUCCAGUAGAUUCCCUUGCACCUACACCUCAGUAUAACGCAGCAUUGCUUCAAGAUACCUCUUAUACAUCGAGUUUGGCAUUCAUGUACCAGCACGAAAAGCGAAGCACUGCUCUCAAAGAAGCCAUCAAGCUCGCUCGCGUUUGGUUGUAUCAGAGAGGUCUUGCUACUUUUGAACAAGGAAAAGGUGGAUUCAACACAUUCAUCUUCAGUAUGAUUAUGUGUUACUUGUUGCAAGGCGGAGGCACUAACGGAGGUAAAAAGCUUGCCCAUGGAUUCAGUUCCUACCAACUUUUGCGUGGAACCAUAGAUUUCCUGUCAACACACGAUUUCAUCCAAUCACCCAUUUUCAUUGGCAAAUCGGAUGUCGAAGGAUUUAGUGCUGAGAAUUUUGUCAACAAUUAUGAAGUCGUAAUAGUUGAUGCUUCAGGAACGAUUAACUUGGCAGCAAACAUUUCAAGGUCUACUAUGGAGCUAGUCAAGCAUGAAGCUAUUUUGGCAAUGAAGUACUUUAACGACAGCCAAGGAGAUCAAUUCGAUGCUUUGUUCUUGACGCAAGUGGAUGAUAUGAAGGUGCAGUUCGAUAAUGUUGCCCGUAUCCAGUUGCCAUCCAAGUUCCCCAGUUAUGGAGAGAUCGAACAGGCCGACUAUCCUCUUAAAGCCGACUUCUUCUCCAAGAAAUUCUAUUCCAUUAUGAAAGAGGCUUUGACAGAUCGCGUUUCCAUCCUGUCUGUGACAGCAAAUACCAUCCAACCUUGGAAUUUGGAUGAAAAGCUAUCAACUAGUGAUUUGGACACCAUUCAAGCUGGUUUCAUGCUACUACCUGAAAACGCUAGCCGAUUGCUGGAACUUGGUCCCUCUCCUGAGGAGAAGGAUGCUGGCGAUCGCUUCCGCAAGCUUUGGGGUGACAAGGCUGAACUUCGUCGCUUCAAAGACGGUAGUAUCAGAGAAAGUGUUGUCUUCGAAUGCAGUGGAGCUGAAGACCGUACGUUAAUCGUUCAGCGUAUGGUGGCACAUCUUUUACGACACCACUUUGGUAUCACGAACAAUGUGGAGUACUCAGCUGGACAACUGUAUGCUUUCAUCAACCAUGCCAAGGCUGUACCCGAAAAGUUUUUCAAUCCAGAAAUCAGAAAUGUUGGGUUCCAACCGGCCAUGACCGCAUUCGAUAAUUUGUCUAAACAGCUUCGUGCUCUCGAUGAUGGACUUCCUCUCAUGAUUGCGAAUAUCCAUCCCGCAAGUCCGAUGCUCCGCUUCUCCACCGUCUUUUUACCACAGCCCCAUGACUUCGAUAAUAUUGGCCUUUACCCGACUACAGCCAGAUAUAUCGAACCAAUCGAUGUUGUUCUACAAUUUGAAAUCUCUGGAAAAUGGCCAGAUGAUCUCGGUGCCAUCCAAAAUGUAAAGCAAGCAUUCUUGCUCAAGGUAGCUGAACAACUGAAGGAAAAUGCGCAAGUUGAAGCUCAAGUUGUGGAAGAGAUUCUUGAAAAGAACCCCUUUGCUAUUCGAGGAUAUCUCGAUGUGCAGUAUUCACCAGGUUAUGUGUUCCGUUGCCGAAUCCAACUUGAUAAGGAAAUCGGUUUACUCAAGGCCAUCAAAGAUAACAAGAAGGAAUCCAAGUUGAACAAGGAUCUUGCUCAAGAAGCACUGGAUAAAUAUUUCCAUUACUUCCAUCAUCAACAGGCGCAUACAUUUAGCAUGAAAGCACUCUGCUCUAGAUUUGCUGCACUCAGCUUCACUAUGCGAAUCGCCAAGAGAUGGUUUAGUGCACAUCUUUUAUCACCUCACGUUACGGAUGAAUUCAUCGAGUUAUUGUGCGUGUAUGUGUUCUUGGAAGCUCAGCCUUGGCAGGCACCAGGUAGCAUCAUGAGUGGGUUUGCGCGAGUUAUGCAUCUCUUGGCAACUUGGGACUACCAGCAUGAACCACUUAUUCUGGAUAUCGAAGAAGAAAUGACCGUAGCAGACCGAGACACAAUUCGGGAUAACUUUAAUAGGUUACGAGCUAGAGAUCCACACAUGAAGCACAGUAGCAUGUUCAUUGCCAGUCAGAAGGACUUGGAAGGCCAGAGAUGGUCUAAAGACAAGCCUUCCAAAAUCAUUGCCGCUCGUAUUCAAGCCUUGGCCCGAGCUGCAUGUAUUCAGCUUGAGCAAGCUAUUGUUUCAGGAAGCCAAAAAGAAUUCAAGCGCUUGUUUGUUACACCGAUGCAAGAUUAUAGUGCCAUCAUCCGGCUUAUUCCCAACCGCUGUACUCGUUACAUAGAAAACCUUUCACCUGAGGCAGAGUACUUUACAUCGGCUACACCAAAGUAUCGCAACUUGGUAGCAAGAGCCACAGAGCUUGGCGACCAAGUCUACGUCCAAUUCGAUCCAGCACAAUAUUUGGUAGAUGAAAUUCAGCGUCUCUAUGGAGAUUUUAUACUCCCCUUCCACGAUAAGCAUGGCGGCGAUCAGAUCGCGAUUGUCUGGAACCCACUGACCACCGCACCAAGGCCAUGGAAGGUCAAUCAAGGCUUCAAUGCCAUUCCUGUGGAUAUGAAGAAGGGGUCGAAAUUGGUAUGUAAAAUUAAGAACAACAAACGGCAAAUAGUAGUAAUACUAACAAUUACCAACCAAAACAACCUAAAAAUUUUACAGCAAGGAAGCUCCAAAUUGACAGCAGUCAACUUCGAAGCGAUUCUAGCAGAGAUCGAAAGACUUGGAGAGGGCAUUAUUGCAGACAUUGAAUAUCCAUCAUCUUAAAGAAAAGCUCAACUUUUUGUACAUGUAACAUCUUAAGCAUCAUAAAUAGAACUCUUUUUGUCCAUCAUCGUGAUCCCAACCACACGCAAUGUGUGCCUUGCACUGGCUUCCUUUUUAAGAAUGAUACAAACAAUCUUCUC